GAGACCACAACGUAUGCAUCCAUCGGCUGGAUUCUUCCAAAGGAUGGUGAUCUUGGUCGUUGAGGGCAAUGCCGACCUUCUCGGUCAUCCGUGUACGUGCUAAACUCGCAGUGCUAAGCAUGGCCUGUCCGCCUGGGCUUAUAUUGUACGAGCGCAGGCGCUGGCGGCGGCAGAUGGCCGUUCUACAUUUAAUACUCGUGACGAAGUGCAUGUCAAUGAAGGCGAACAUAUCUGAUCUCUUUCCUUCGGAAGGUUGAUCGGUUGGUUAUUCCUGUUGUCCCGCCAAUUCUUAGUCGGCAAAUAUUGGCCGUACAAAGCACAAAACAACAUCGCCGACCCCCUUUAGUUUCGCCCUUUGCGGACUAAAUCUCACACCUUGACGGCAAGCACGCAGAGGAGACUCUCUUCCAGCCUCGGUUUCAAUUAUCUCCUGCCAUAACAGCGUGUGCCCAAGACAUCUUCAAUGACUAUCCCGACCUCAUCUCCUCUCUCACCCAGCUCAAAUUCUACUUCGCCAUUCACAAGGCCUCACAACUGGAGAGACGCUAUGUUGAUGACUUCCUACGCCUCAUCGACAGCACUUGCGGAUGUUCAGCCCAGCGAGGAUGCAUCUCUCAGUGUUUUUUCAGACCAACCAACAGAUACAUUCCGUCCUGCGGGCAUCGCUAUUGGGAUUGCUGCCCUUGCUCUCGUCAUCAUCUGUUUUUGUAUCUUCGUCGUGGUAGUGGUUGCAAAAUGUCAAAGGGAACAGCACCGGCGACUGCAAAUCACGAAGAUGACUGCCGCACGACGCGCACAUAGGCAACGAUUGUUUCCUCUCUCAUUGCCAACACUACGAUCACAACCUGCCGUGGAAAGCCUUACGGACAGCCAAGAACACAUUCUCGCCAUGCCAACCCAUGACGCAUCGAAUUCAAGAGCCAUGGAACAGGAGCUCGACCGUUCCGACGCAAGGAUGGUCUGUCAAGGCAUGGCCGAUCCCGUCCUGCCCAGUUUAGAUAUUGAUCUUGAAGCGCUGAGGAUGCCGCUCCCACCGCCACCGUCGUACCAAGAAAUCAGCGCGGAUGGUCCCGUGAGAAGCGUCAGCGAGAGCUCAUGGAUCACGGAGGGAAAUGUGUUGGAAGAAACCCAGCCACAGAGGCCGAGAUAUGGAGGGAGGAGAAAUUUCAGAAUGAAGACAUCUGCUGCUAGGCGCGCAGGUACAGCCAUACCGGCCACGAGGAGGCUAUAGACGCGGAUAGGCGCUGAUCAAGAACGUUCGGCAGCUUUGCGUGUCGCGUUUCGUAGGUUGAGUCGAGCUGAGAGAGAGAGAGAGGACAGCGUAAAUGAAUUUGAUCAACAGGCAAUGGGCGUGCGCCGUGACAUCCGCCUCUCACAAAUCAUCAGCAAGGGCGUAGAGCAGGAAACAAGGCCACAACGGCCACUGGAGGCACUUGUUUCCACUUUGGAAGGGGAAGUGUACAUACGACUAUAUCCUCGAUAUGCCGCGUUGUUCGCUGGGCACAUCGCUACCCCAGACGCGCAUGGCCGAAUAAUCUUC